GUUUAUCGAUCGGACGAUGUUUCGGUUGGCGAUUGCGGCGGUCUAGGAGUUUUCGGUAGUUUAGGGACGUGCAGCAUCCAGAAGAAAGACGACGCUAAACGUUAUUUACUCUGUUGUGAACGAUUGCGCUUCACAUAAGACCUACAGUUUCGACUGUUGGCAAAGGCUUACUCUCCGCUACUGCUCUGCUGGGACUGGAGCAGAGCUCGUGAAUUAUCAUUACAGAGAUUGUUGUUCGUCAUCAGCAACACACAAAUUCUGGAAAAAUCGUCUUCUGCACCGGUAUAUAUCUAGUGUGUCGGGAACAAGCGCUGGUCAUGCAUGUCGCUGGAUUGAUUCUGGCCCGCGGAGGCAGUAAAGGCAUCCGGCUGAAGAACUUGGCCUUAGUGAAAGGCACGCCACUUCUCCUCUGGUCGCUGAAAACGAUGUCCCGAUGUAGCGGUUUCACUUCCAUGUGGGUAUCGUCGGACCACGAUGACAUCCUGCAAUUGGCCCAUCAAAACGGAGCGCAGAUCCACCGACGAUCUGCCGAGUCAUCGUCCGAUGGGGCAUCGUCGCUCGACGCUGUCAACGAGUUUUUAGACAGCCAUUCGGAAGUCGACGUGGUGGCGUUGAUUCAGUGCACGUCUCCUUUCGUCCGCGUUGCGCACUUGAACCAAGCUCUCGCUAAAAUGACGAGCGGAUGCUACGAUUCCGUCUUCUCCGUCACGCGUUCUCACUCGUUGCGCUGGAUGCAACUUGAGCCAAACAAGACGGAGGUGGAUGCAGCGGGUGAGGAGAUCCGCGCGGUCAACUUUGAUCCUCAUUGUCGACCCAAAAGGCAAGACUGGGACGGAGAUUUGGUAGAGAACGGCGCUUUUUACUUGAGCUCCGUUCAACUUUUGCGACGAGGACUCAUCCAGGGUGGAAAGAUUUCGUUUGUAGAGAUGAGCGCAGCGCACAGUAUUGAUAUCGACACUGCCUACGAUUUGUGGCUGGCCGGGCAGCAGGCAUCCUAUUUCGGCUUUGAGCCUGACGGCGAUAAUGGCGACGUCAACCAUUUGCAACGCUAUUAACAACCCUAUUAUCAUUUUCCUCC